ACCAUUUCCAUUUCUCCCCGUCGCCGUCGUCAACGAUGCUCACCUCCCGCGGCGUCACACGUCUUUCCCGCAGAGCGGUGAACAGCGCAAAGAAGACUAACGCUUUCUUCUCCACCGCGUCUGCCGCACCCAUCCUCGCUCGCGCCGUCCCGGCCUCUGCGUCGACAAACCAGCGCGCUGCUCAGCGCCUGGCGCGCCCCUCCGCGUCGCAGUCUGCGCGCACCUAUGCGACUGAGGCCAAGACGCCCAUCGGCUCCGUCAAGACCGUCAUUGGUGCCGUCGUUGACGUGCAGUUCGAGUCGGACAACCUCCCGCCUAUUCUCAACGCCCUCGAGGUCCAGGACUUCCAUGGCGGCCGUCUCGUCCUCGAGGUCGCGUCCCAUUUGGGUGAGAACUCGGUCCGUACCAUUGCCAUGGACGGUACCGAGGGUCUCGUCCGUGGGCAGAAAGUCAUCGACACUGGCUCUCCGAUCCGGAUCCCUGUCGGUCGCGAGACGCUCGGUCGUAUCAUGAACGUCAUCGGCGAGCCCAUCGACGAGAGGGGUCCCAUCAAGGGCGUUAAGCUCAGCCCCAUCCACGCUGAGCCCCCGCCGUUCGUUGACCAGUCUACGACUGCUGAGGUUCUCGAGACCGGCAUUAAGGUUGUCGACCUUCUUGCCCCCUACGCCCGUGGUGGAAAGAUUGGUCUUUUCGGAGGUGCCGGUGUCGGCAAGACUGUCUUGAUUCAGGAGCUUAUCAACAACGUCGCCAAGGCUCACGGUGGUUUCUCCAUCUUCUGUGGUGUCGGCGAGCGCACGCGUGAGGGUAACGAUUUGUACCACGAAAUGAUUGAGACCGGUGUCAUCAACCUCGAGGGAGACUCUAAGGUCGCUCUCGUCUUCGGUCAGAUGAACGAGCCCCCUGGUGCCCGUGCCCGUGUCGCCCUUACCGGCCUCACCAUUGCGGAGUACUUCCGUGAUGAGGAAGGUCAGGAUGUGUUGCUCUUCAUUGACAACAUUUUCCGCUUCACUCAGGCCGGUUCCGAGGUGUCUGCCUUGCUUGGUCGUAUCCCGUCUGCCGUCGGUUACCAGCCCACGCUUUCUACGGACAUGGGUCAAAUGCAGGAGCGUAUUACCACGACCAAGAAAGGUUCCAUCACUUCCGUGCAGGCUGUCUACGUUCCUGCCGAUGAUUUGACGGAUCCUGCUCCCGCUACCACCUUCGCUCACUUGGACGCCACGACUGUACUGUCUCGUUCCAUUGCUGAGCUCGGUAUCUACCCUGCCGUCGAUCCUCUCGACUCGAAAUCCCGUAUGCUCGACCCUCGUAUUGUCGGCCGCGAGCACUACGAUGUUGCGACCGCCGUCCAGAAGAUCCUUCAGGACUACAAAUCGCUCCAGGAUAUCAUUGCUAUCUUGGGUAUGGACGAGUUGUCUGAGGAGGACAAACUCACCGUCGAGCGUGCUCGUAAGAUCCAGCGUUUCAUGUCGCAGCCCUUCCAGGUCGCACAGGUUUUCACUGGUUAUGAGGGCAAGCUCGUUCCUCUCAAGGACACCAUCCGUUCCUUCAAGGAGAUCCUCGCUGGCACCCACGACGCCCUCCCCGAGUCCGCAUUCUACAUGUCCGGCACGAUCGAGGAUGUUAAGGUGAAGGCUGAGCAGCUCGCCAAGGAGCUCUCGGGCUCGUCAUAAACCUCUCAGCAGCGCGGCACGAGAUGACGUGGAUGUAGACGGUUACUGUGCGGGUGGAACUGACCGGCUCUUUGUCUCUUAACGGUUUUCUGCUGUUGGAAGUAUCGGGUCGGUCGUUUCUCCGCCAGUAAUAAAAUUUUCACUUUGUUUCGAAAUGUGAGGUUUUGAGCC